AUGUUAUUAUUUUUCCUAUUAUUUAUUUUACCUGUAAAUGGUGAUUUGGUUAAUGAAAAAGGAAAAUAUUUUAAUUUUUCACCAAAUACAAAAACUACUCCAGAUAGUGAAAUGGGAAAAAAUAAAAUUAAUGCUUUUGUGACAGGAAAUGUUAAACAGGAUGAUUUUGUAAAUACUGAUAUUAUUAAUCAUAAAGCGAGAAAAUCUUCAGACUACAAUGAUUUAUUAACACUUUCUGAUAUUUUAAAAGAAUUAUCAAUAACAACACCUUGUAAUAGAACAUUAUCAAGUAAAAUUCUUCAAAAAAUAAUUAAUGAAUCAUUAACUGGUGAUUUAAGGUAUAAAAUUUUAUGGAUAUCACAAACAGUAGCAAUACAUCCACAUUUAUAUACUAAAGAAGUUCCUUUAAAUGCAACUUUGACAUCUCAUUCAAUUUUUAACUCAAAACAAACCGGUUAUGAUGUAUAUUUAGAGUCAGGAUAUGGUAAAUCAGGUGUUCGAAGACCAACUCCUACAUUUGGUCUUUACUUAAAAUGUGACCCUGAACCUAAUUGGGAGGCGGUUGUUGUAUAUCCAACAUCAAAAGAUAAUAAAUAUCUUCAUGCAACGUUACCAUUAAGAAAACUUGACUCUUGUGGUCUUUCUUCAGAAUGUUACUCUAAUAAGUGUUCUUUCACAUCAUACGGCUCUUUAAAAUUCUACGCACGCGAUUGUUGUAGUGAAAUAAAAUCAUUUUGUCGUUCUGAGGUUUCUCGUAUUACAUCAAUGUGGUUUGUACUUAAUUUAAUCUGUGUCAUAACAUGUCUUUGUCUAAUACCAGUUAUUAUACUAGAAAGAAGAAGACAACGUCAUGAAGCUAGAGGUUGGGCAUUAAUGGAGAUUUUUUUAAUAGGAGCUGCCAUUUUAUAUACAAUUGUGUUAAUUGACAAAAUUAAUUUUGAAAGUAGCAGUUGUGCAUAUGCAAUUUGGCUAAGACAAAUUGGAUUUUCAACAUUUUAUGGUGCAAUUGUUUUAAAAAUUUAUAGAAAUUUACAAGAAUAUCGUGUAAGAAAAGCACAUCAUGUAUUUGUUAAAGAAGUUGACUUAUUUAAAUAUCUUUGUUGUUUUCUUCUCUUGACAACAACAGGAUUAUUAGCAUGGACUUUUGGCUCGUGGACAGAUGAGAAGUUAUGGAAAGCAAUUUGGCCUCAAUGUCAUCUUCAAACUUGGACUUUAAUUUGGCAUGCAUAUGAAUUAGCCUUCCUUAUAUAUGCUCUUCGUCUAUGUUAUAAAGCAAGAAAUUCAAGUUGGAUGGAACGUUGGCAAUUUUCAUUAGCAAUUGUCUUUGAAACAAUAGUAACAAUUAUUGCUAAUUUAUUAAGAUAUGCUUAUAGAAAAACUGCUGACUCUGAAAUGUUAUUAACAAUAACAUUUGUUCAACUUCAACUCACAGUAACAGUUAAUAUUAUUAUAAUUAUGGCUCCAAAAUUUUAUUCUGUUACAUCUGAGACAAAUCGAAGGACAUUAACAAUGUCUGGUAGUAGUGGUAGAGCUCAUCCCAGUUUAGCUAAAUUACGUGAUAAUUUAAUUAAUGGUACAAUAGAUUUUGCUGAAAUACCAAUAGUUGAUAUGAAUCCAGAAGAUAUAAGAGCCGAAUUAAAAAGAGUAUAUACACAAUUAAGAAUGUAUAAAUUAAAAAAUCUCUAUCAAGAUAAUCCUCAUAUUUCAAAAAGAAAAGGAGGAAAAAAAAGUACAGACAAAGUUAGCAAAAUUAGAAGAAUAUCACUUCCACAAUCUUCUAGUUCACCAAAAUGUGUCAAAAAAAUUGAUGAUGAUGAGGAGGAACGAAGUGAUUAUACUGUUGAGUCUGCACCACAUAAUGUAUACUUAAGUGCAACAAAAAAACUUAACUUGGAGCCUGAUUUAAGUGUGCGGGUAUAA